GUCAUUUAAUUUAGAAACUAAAAAUGGCGUCAAUGUUUAGAAAUAUUGCCCAUAUUUAUAGGAAGUUACCUUCUCAAGCCAACAACUGUCACCGCUUUUCAACUGCAAGUAACGAGAAAACUAGUCUUAAUGAGCCUGAUGAUAAUACAAUACACUUGUCAGAUGCGUGUGUUGAGAGAAUGCAAGCUAUCGCUAGUAAAGGAGAGUAUCUACGUGUGAUAAUUGAAGGGGGAGGAUGUUCCGGUUUUCAAUAUAAAUUUAACCUUGAUACGGUACUUAACGAAGAUGAUAAAGUUUUUUCAAAUCGAGGAGUGAGCAUUGUAGUAGACUCCGAAUCGUUUGAUUUUAUAAAAGGAUCCACAAUUGAUUUUCAAGUCGAACUAAUAAGAAGUUCUUUCGUCAUUAUGAAUAAUCCUAAUGCCGAGCAGGGCUGUUCUUGUGGUGCUUCCUUCAACUUGAAAUUUUAA